CGCAGCUUCUCCGUCACCCACCCCUCUCCCCCCUUUUGUCCUUCUUCCUCCCAUCCGGACUGCUCCCAGAACCUCUCAGCCCCCAGAACCAGGGGAAGCGCGCCCCAAUCGCGUUCCAGUAGCACAACGAGGACAGCUUCUUCCAAAUGGGGAGGAUCAGGGUAGGGGGAUGGGGCGAGGGUGUGCGGUUCCCUUCUCGCCACUUCCUUGUAUGGACAGUGGGGGACUCCAAAGCUCGGCUCGGGAGAGGCCCGAAGCCCGGUACCCGGACGUGCUGGGGGAAGCACAAAGGGGCCGACAAGAAGGGGGUGGGGAGGCCCGCCGGUGCAACGAGAUGGAGUGGGCUGGAGCCUCAGGAGAGCGAAUCGAGGGCGGCGGGUAGGUGAAACUGCUGCAGACGACCUCAGAGACUGAGCUCAGGCCCCCAAAUUGGAAAGAUGGGAGGAAAAGGCUGGUUCUUUCUCCCACACUCCCGAGGAAGCUCCCACGGUCAGAGCCGCAUAAUCCGAAAGGUUUACUCUCAAGAUUUCUACACCCAGAUGAUGGAUGAGUGCUAUCAGAUGUGGGCCCAGCUGGAGCGCGAGGCUGGAACCCCACUGCACAGAAAGACUGGACUACUGCUCUUGGGCAAGAAGGAGAAUCCGGAAUUAAAGACAAUGCAGGCCAUUCUGUCUAGGCGGGGGAUAGAACACCGGAAUCUCUCAUCUGAGGACCUAAAGCAACGUUUCCCAAAUCUUCGGUUUGCCAGGGGAGAAGUGGGGCUCUUGGACAAGACUGGAGGGGUCCUUUAUGCAGACAAGGCCCUCAGAGCCAUCCAGGAUGCAAUUCUCCGGCUUGGAGGGACAGUGCACGAUGGAGAGAAGGUGACGGAGAUAAGACCUGGGCUCCCAGUCAUAGUGAAAACCACCUCCAGGAGCUACCAAGCUAAGAGCUUGGUCAUCACAGCUGGUCCUUGGUCCAGCAAGCUCCUCCAACCUCUGGGAAUUGAGUUACCACUCCAGACUCUGCUGAUCAAUGUGUGUUACUGGACAGAGAAGGUUCCCGGGAGCUACAGUGUGUCCCAGGCCUUUCCUUGCUUCAUCUGCAUGGACCUGGCUCCCCAUCAUAUCUACGGGCUGCCUGGAGGAGAGUACCCUGGGCUGAUGAAGAUCUGCCUUCACCAUGGCAACAAUGUGGACCCUGAGGAGCGGGACUACCCCACCACCUUCCCAAGUGUGGAAGAUGUCCAAAUCCUACGCCACUUUGUCAAAGACCACUUCCCUGACCUGACGCCCGAGCCUGCCAUCAUGGAGCGCUGCAUGUACACGAACACCCCUGAUAAGCACUUUGUUCUUGACCGUCACCCGAAGUACGACAACAUUAUCAUUGGCGCUGGAUUCUCUGGGCAUGGAUUCAAGCUGGCCCCUGUUGUGGGAAAGAUCCUGUGUGAGUUAAGCAUGAAAUUGACACCAUCCUAUGACUUGGCACCGUUUCGCAUAAGCCGUUUCUCCGGCCUGGGCAAAGCCCACCUUUGAUGACCGGCCUCGUUUCUGCACCCAGGCCCCUGCUGGGAAGAGUUCUGGGAAGUGGCUCUGAGAUACAUUCUUUUCUUUUGCUGGGACAUUUGAUUUUCUUUUCUGGGACUUAGGCUAGAUUUGACUAAAUCUGUUCAGGGGAGGGUAAACAAGAUGACUUCUCACAGAUCACUAGUGCUCUUGGGGCUCCUUUUCCCUAAAACUGGGCAAGCCAUCCUAGGACGGAGCCAUCUCCAUCACAAACUCUCAUCAAAUCUCAUAGCUGCACGAUAAAUGUUUGAUGAAAAAAAUUUGUUGAAUAAACAGAUAAUUGCGUUACAUAAAA